AUGCGAGUGCACAAAACAACAUUCACUCUGUCUGAAAGAAAUACAAUAACAUCAUGCAAAGCUCUCUUGUAUGGAAAUAGCAACAUCUCGGAUAACUCAGCACUUCCAUUUUUGACAAGAUAUUCUCUUUUGGAUAAAGAAAAGCGUAAAUCAAUAGGAGAGCAAGCCAGUAGCUUCAUACGUAACUGCUCGAUAAAUGGCGCAAUUUGCUCUAUAGAAGAAUUUUCGUUCGUGCAAAGUUUCCGCCAUGGUAACUGCUAUACUUUUAACAAACGAAAGAAAAGUGAUUUGAAUCCCCUUGUGGCUUCAAUGAAUAAACUUAAUUUAGGUUUGGAGCUAGUUUUGGAUUUGCAUCUUAAGCAAUAUAUGAGAGAAACGCAAACAAUUGGAGCAAAGAUAUUAAUACAUCAUCCAAAGGAUGAGCCAAAUAUAGAGGAAGAAGGGAUUACAAUUAGUCCAGGAUUCGAAACUUCAAUAAGUAUCUCAAAAAUGCAGAUCGUAAGACUACCAUAUCCUUUCAGAGAUCAGUGUAUUCAGUACGAACUUGAUAAUAAAUAUCCUUUCUGCAACCAACAGGACUGCGUCAGAAGUUGCAUACAAAAUUUUAAUAAACUUGCAUGUGGAUGCACAGAUCCAACUAUAUCAAAAGCAGAUGAUACAAAGCCUUGCAAUAUUUCCAAUGCCACAGAUGUUUGUUGUCUUGAUAAGGUUUUGGAAGAUCUAACAGCAGACAAAUUCAGUUGUGACUGUCCAUUUCCUUGCCAUUCUGUUGGUUACGAUGUCCAAAUUUCCUAUGCAAAAUGGCCAUCAAAUGCAUUCGGAUACUCUCGGAAAUAUAAUAUGAUAAAUGCAAAUAAAAACAGCAUUGCGAAAAAUCAGGCAGCAUUAAAAUUAUAUUUCUCCGAUUUCAGACUAACGUCGUAUUUUCUAAAGCCUAAGUAUGAAAAAUCGGAAAUCUUCAGUCACCUUGGUAGUGAACUUGGUUUGUGGUUAGGAUUGUCACUUUUUGCGACGCUUGAAAUAUGUGAGAUUUUAUGGCUAAUUGUAAAUUACUUCCUUAAAAAGACCUCAGCUUUCGUAAGAAUUCGAAGGCAAUAA